AUUUGUAGUUGUUCAGAAUUAAAAAGAGAGGAACAUUUGUUACACCCCUCAAAGAGUGAUAUAUGGAGGUGAUUUGUGGUUUUGGAGAGGUUACUUUAUAACGUGUUUAGCAAGUUUGUCUUGACAAUUAGAUUACUCGAUAUAGAAACCCUUUUUGUUAUGAGACUCUUGCUUUCAGGAUACUCAUUAUUGCUCGCUACCUAGGCCUUUCAGUUCUCACCAUUGUAUCCAUUUCUCACAAACAUACCUUCUUGCCUCGUGGUGUUUGGCUUUGCAGUCUAUUCUCACAAGAGGUGUCCAUUUUUAUACAUGAAACUCCUAAACAUAUCUUUACAUCAACAAAGUCUUAUGAUGAGCCAGUAAAAACACGAAUGAACCACCACAUACUCACACACAUUGUAUUUCCCCUCUUAAUAACUCACAACUACACUGUUAAAUUAAGUCUGAUCUCUUAAUAAAUCCACUAAUAAAUCCCUAGAAAGUAAAUUAUCUAAGUAUUUUGUCGAUUUCGAAAAAUAGGGAUUUCAUAUUAAUGUUUUACUACUUUUUUUUCUUCAUACCGAGUAUUAUUUUCAACAAAGGCAUUUCAACGUUUUAUCUAUUUAAAGAUGACAAAUCUUGUGAAGAUUUUCCUAUUGAAAAAAUUAUCUUCCUCGCCAAUGAGACCGCGCGUGAACUUGCACGCUCGCACAUAUUCUCUUUCGCAAUAAACACCUACAAGUUACGAUUGCUUUGGCUUUAACUACCAUUAUACUCUCAAUGCCUCAUAGAUAUUUUUCUGUUUAUAUGACAACUCAUUUGAUAACACUAUGAUUCUCUAAUUUUCAUAUACAUCCAAGAAUUAAGAGCUAGAGAGCGUUGGUUUUUGACUAUUCUUAGCUUAAGGUUUAUUGUGUGAAGAGAUCUUCAGAUUUUAUUAACACACAACCUCUGACACGUUUUGCUCAUAAUCUCAGUCUUUUAAAAACAAAAUGUAUCUCUUCUUCAGUUUCCACUCCCCCAGAAUCUAUAUAAGAACCCCCUUCACAACACCAAAGAUCACAACAACUAAACCUAGUAGAGCUUUUGAGGGAAAUGGAUAAGUUGAGUGUUAUCGUUAAGGGAGACCAUCAAGUGAAUGAAGAGAAGCCUCCACCACGAGUGUGUCCAAGGUGUAGCUCAGACAACACCAAGUUCUGUUACUACAACAACUACAGUGUGUCUCAACCUCGCUACAACUGCAGGAACUGUCGCCGAUUCUGGACCCAUGGUGGAGCUUUAAGGGACAUACCAAUUGGUGGAAGGGCCCGUAAAAUCAAGCGUACAAGUAUAGAUCAGCCAUCUGUUUCUCAGGUGACUUCUGUUAUCCAACAGGUUAAUCAUCACCAACCUUUCUCACAUGUUCGAGAAACCAACGAGUUUCUUGAACCAUUUUGUGGUUCUUCUUCUUCUGUUGCUGUUGGGAACCAUUUCAGUUCUUUGCCUGAAAUUCAUGGUGAUAUGGUGUUUCCAAUUCAAACUAUUCCACCAAUGGAUCGCUUUGAUCUCUUUGAUGGAUCGUUUAACCAAGGUUAUUACGGUGUUGGAUUCAAUGAUAUGGUUGGUAAUCCUUUGAUGAACCAAUCAAUCGGUGGACAUGUUGAUAACUAUAACAGUUAUCGCGUGAACCAAGAGAAUCCAAACAAGCGAAACCAGAGCUUCAACAACAGCAUGAACAUGAAUCAUAAUGCCAGCACUAGUGGAAGCAGAGGAUAUCCAGGCAUUGAUCACAUGACCAACAACAACAACAAAGACAGGAACAAGUGUGUGUUUAGUUCCUCCUAUCAUUUGGAGAAGUAUGGUCCUUGAAUCAUAACCGUUUUACCCGUUAUCUCUUUUUAUUAAGCUAAUAAUGGUUCAGUUUUUC